GCACAAACAAAUCUUUUACUCAUCUCUUUCGCCAGUAUUUUUUAACAAAAAAUAAACCAAACAAAAAAAAAUAGAAUACAGGAAGUUGCAACGUGAAAAGAUUCUAUGAAAAUUGUUCUACCUUAUUUGAUAAUUAAAUAUAAUUAAGCUAACACCGUAAGGAUGAUGGACGGCACGGAUGACUCAACGGCAAUUGAAAAUUUGCAACAAAGUGUGCCUUUAGGGGUCGACAUCAUCACUCCGACCAGUAAACCCACUAUAAUGGAGAUUGCGUCUCCAGCGGUGCAGCGAGAAAAUGACGUUGGUAACCCCUUAACAACGACCACAAAUAAUGGCAGUGGUACAGCCACUUCAGAAUCUUCGUCAUCAGCUAUUACUCCUGCCGCUUUAGCGGAGAACACGUUGCAUGUGGAGAUUUCCGACGCACUGAGCGAAAAGGACAAAGUUAAGUUUACGGUUCACACUCGCACUACUUUGCCCGGUUUUGCUAAACAGGAUAAUAAUGUGGUACGUCAGCAUGAAGAAUUUGUUUGGUUGCAUGACCGCUUCGAAGAGAAUGAGGAAUAUGCUGGCUAUAUCAUACCGCCAUGUCCGCCACGCCCAGAUUUUGAUGCCUCACGCGAAAAAUUGCAACGACUCGGUGAGGGCGAGGGAAACAUGACUAAAGAGGAGUUUAAGAAAAUGAAAUCUGAACUCGAAGCCGAAUACCUGGCUACUUUUAAGAAAACCGUAGCAAUGCAUGAAGUAUUCUUGCGUCGGCUCGCAAAUCACCCAGUUUUCCGUGUAGAUCAGCAUUUGAAAGUGUUUCUCGAAUACGACCAAGAUCUCUGUGCAAAGCCACGCAAGAAAAUGGCUAUUUUCGGUGGAUUUGUUAAAUCGUUGGGCAAGACAACGGAUGAAAUAUUAAUGAGCGCAACAGUUCGGGAUGUAAAUGACUUUUUCGAAAAUGAGCUACAAUUUCUCAUUGAAUAUCAUGGACAUUUACGUGACGCCGCAGUGCGUACUGAGAAAAUGACUCAACGCCAUAAGGAAGUCAGCGAAUGUCAUCAGAAAAUUUCGAAUGCCCUCAUGCAACUAUCGACAGCAGAGAAAGGGAGCAUGGAGACCUUUUGUGCCAAAUCAGCAGAGAUCUUUGAGAAGAUAAAGAAUUUAGAAGCACGCGUCUCUAGCGAUCAGGACUUGAAGCUCGGGGAUACUUUGCGUUACUAUCAGCGGGAUAGCGAUGCAGCCAAAGCACUAUUAAUACGCCGUUUACGCUGCCUGGCCGCGUAUGAGGCGGCCAAUCGUAAUUUAGAGAAGGCGCGUGCCAAAAACAAGGACGUACAUGCUCCUUUGGAUGUUCAAGAGGCCGAGACAGCGCAAGCAGAAGCAUGCGAGAAAUUCGAAUCCAUGUCUGCCUGUGGAAAAGAAGAAUUAGUAGGAUUUCGUAAUCGCCGUGUAGCUGCCUUCAAAAAAGGGUUGGUUGAACUUGCUGAACUGGAAAUCAAACAUGCACGUACUCAAUAUGAAUACCUCCGUCAAUCGCUCUUGGCAUUGAAAGAAAUCGCCUGAAUUGCGUACAUACAUACUUGUUAUUAAUCUUCUCAAGAUCUACGUUCAUUUUUUUCGUACAUAUACUAUAUCGAAAAUAUGUUUUUGCCACGCUAAUAUCAAUUUAUACUUACAUAUAUAAAAUAUAUAAAGGUAGAUAAUUCAUACUGUUAAAGUAUUUCUAAAAAUUGUAUUGAUCAGCUCUAAGCGCAUUGAUUUUAUACGACGAAGUAAGAGGAGAAAACAGUCUAAGAUAAAAUUAUUCAAAAACUCAUGGUAUUCGAAAAGCAUUCCAAAGUGCUUAAAUUAUUUAAUUAAGAAUAAAAAUAUUUACCUUAUAUUAUGGAUUUGAACGUCUCUUAC